AUGACAACAGCACAAUUCAUCCACAUCGACCCAACCUCCUUCACAGGGAAGCCAUGGGCUAAAGUCGAUGGCCCUGGAUGGUCCUACAAGCAAAAUCCUCACCAGCGCGAAGUGAUCAGCCUAAUAGGACAGGAAGACAAGUUCAACACCGACAAUGCGGGCUUCGCGGUCUACAAGUCGCCCGCCAAGGAGAAGUUAUUUGAAGAUGACAGCACAGUCAGAAACUCUUACUAUCCCGAAGUAGAGUCUAUGCUCCGCUCGAAACUGCCUGGAAUCAAGAAGGUCGUCAUGUUCGAUCACACGAUCCGUCGUCGCAAGAAGGACGCACCGCGCCAGCCUGUCCAACAAGUCCAUGUAGACCAAACGCCAGGUGCUGCCGCCGCACGUGUCCGUCGCCAUUUGCCAAAGGAGGAAGCAGAAGAAUUGUUGAAGGGUCGCUACCAGAUUAUCAAUGUAUGGAGACCAAUCGAGAAUCCCGCGUCGGACACGCCUCUUGCAGUAGUCGACUGGCGCAGCACCGAGCCUUCGGAUUUCGUUCCUGUGGACCUUCUCUACCCUAAGACCUCCAUCAACGCUGACGGGGAUGCUCGCGGAAAAGAAGUCCUGCCUGAUGCUGAAUCUUCGACAUCAACUGAAGGCUACGAAAUUUUCGGCGAGACACUCUCGGUUGCACCAAACGACAAGCACAAGUUUUACUACAUGAAAGACAUGUCUCCGGAGGAGGUGAUGCUCCUGAAGUGCUACGAUUCACGGGGUGACGGCGAGCCGGGUGGGAAGAAGGGAACGGCCCUCAGGGUCGCACAUACGGCCUUUACGGAUCCAAACACUCCGGCUGAUGCACCUGGUCGCCAGAGCAUUGAGGUUAGAUGCUUGGUGUUUUACGAGUAG